AUGUACAAGGUAUUGGAGUGUUAUGUACAUAUGCGUGUUAUGUACAAGGUACUGGAGCGCAUUAUCUUGGACCGACUAAUUAAACAUCGCGAAGAAACAAUGCGCGACGAGCAAGCUGGCUUUCGUUCUGGUCGAUCUACGAUUGACCAGGUGUUCAUCGUCAGAAGAGUGAUCGAAAUCUGGCAGCGGUAUUCGAAGCCAAUACAACUAGCGUUUCUGGACUUUGAAGCCGCGUUCGACUCUCCUCACCGAGGCCGUCUUCUCAACGCGCUCCGCGCCGAUGGAGUACCAAGAAAGUUCGUUCGCUUGCUUGAUGACAUGAAUCAACGAACAACUGCUGCAGUUCGAACACCAGCCGGAUGUACAACACCGUUUGAAGUGGUAACUGGAGUAAGACAAGGGGCAGUGGCAGGAGUCUUCCUGUUCAACUUCGUUAUCGGCGACAUUAUGCGAAGGACAGUCGAUCAGUGUUCUGCCGACAUCGUCUUAGCGCCAUCAGGGUGCCCCUUGACUAAUCUCGAGCACGCCGACGAUGUUGUUAUAUUCGCGGAAAACAGUACGAAACUUCAGCAUGUUGUCAACCUUGUAUCGAAGCUGGCUGCAGCCUACGGACGCCUACGCCUUGAUAAAUGCAAGUGGAUCUCUUCGAGACCUCGAACGGGAAUCAGGGUGGACGGACAACCAGUUGAACCCGUCGAUGAGUUCUGUUACCUGGGCUGUAUGCUGAAGAACAACGGCAGCUACGAGAGAGAUGUUCAGCAAAGAUGCGCUAAGGUCAUUUCUGCAUUUAACUCCUUAACGAAAUGCCUGUGGUCGACCUCCAUCACAGACGAAAUCAAGCUGCGAGUCUACCUAUCCGCAAUUCGCCCCAUCAUGAUGUACGGAUCGGAGACUUGGGCAGCACUGUCAACGGUUAUGGAGAGGCUUAAUUGCACGGAACGAAAGCUGCUUAGACGGCUACUUGGCUAA